AUGAUUGUACGACACUUCAGGUUACAAACAAUCAAGUCAAGCCGAUGGUCUAGGCAGAUGCAAUCUGCGAGCAGGUCGAAACCUAUCGAAUUCGGAAAUCCGUUCCAAGGCAGCAAGGACCUGCAACUGGAUCCUCACUCUGAGCAUUUUAACUAUCAGAGUUGGAUUCGCUCUGUGUUAUCGAUCACCUCUCGCGAUCCCGACAGGUACCCUCAGCGGACAGCAGGUAUUAGUUUCCGGAAUUUGAACGUCUUCGGAUAUGGGAAGUCGACCGAUCAUCAGAAGACCGUGGGGAAUAUUUUGCUUGAUAUCCCUCGGCUGAUCGCUGAGUUAUUGGGGAGUAAAGGUCGAAGGAUCGACAUUCUUCGGGAUUUUGAGGGUGUUCUUAGAGCUGGUGAGAUGCUAGUAGUUUUGGGUCGACCGGGAAGCGGCUGUACUACUCUUCUGAAAACUAUUUCCGGUGAAACUCAUGGCUUUUGGGUUGAAAAAAGCGCGAAAAUCAACUAUCAAGGUAUCCCGUGGAAGACUAUGCAUCGUGAUUUUCGUGGCGAAGUCGUCUACAAUGCCGAAACCGACGUUCACUUCCCCAACUUGACGGUCGGCGAGACGCUCUCGUUUGCAGCUCAAGCACGGAUGCCUCGUACUCGGCUUCCUGGAAUCUCUCGUGAUAUGUGGGCUGAGCAUAUGAAGGACGUCGUCAUGACUGUCUUUGGUCUUACACAUACUGUCAACACCAGAGUUGGGAAUGAUUUCAUUCGUGGCGUGUCCGGUGGCGAGCGGAAGCGUGUCAGUAUUGCAGAGGUCGCCCUCAGUGGUUGCCCUUUACAAUGUUGGGACAAUAGUACCCGCGGUCUGGAUAGUGCGACGGCCCUCGAGUUUGUAAAGACUGUCCGUCUCUCAACUACAUAUAUGGGCGCCACAGCCGUCGUUGCUAUCUACCAGGCUUCACAAACUAUCUACGACAUUUUCGACAAGGCUGUUGUCCUUUAUGAGGGCCGACAGAUCUAUUUCGGCCGAACGGAUGACGCGAAGAGGUUUUUCGUCGAUAUGGGUUUCCAUUGUCCCGAGCGUCAGACUACAGCCGAUUUCCUCACCUCUCUCACCAACCCAGCGGAACGUAAAAUCAGACCAGGUUUUGAAUCGAAAGUUCCUCGCACUCCUGAUGAGUUUGCCAGAGCAUGGAAAGAGAGCGCAGAACGGAAGCUCCUUCUCGAGGACAUUGACCAAUUCGAUGGCGAAUUUCCGAUUGGCGGCAACCAGCUUGCCAUGUUCCGCAAAGCUAGGAGGUCUCAGCAGGCUAGAGGAGUUCCCUCUCACUCGCCGUAUACUUUAUCAACGCCUAUGCAAGUUCGUCUGUGUCUUGUUCGUGGCUUCCAAAGAUUGCGAGGUGAUAUGAGCUUGGCCCUUACGACAAUCUUCGGAAAUUUUAUCAUGGCAUUAAUCAUCUCUAGUAUCUUCUACAACCUUCCGCAUAACACCGCCAGUUUCUACAGCAGAGGCGCGUUACUUUUCUUCGCUAUCCUGCUGAACGCUUUUAGUAGCGCUCUCGAGAUCCUGACGCUAUGGGUUCAACGUCCCAUUGUCGAGAAACAUUCACGGAUGGCUUUCUACCGCCCACUGUCUGAAGCUAUCUCCUCCAUAAUAUGUGAUCUCCCACAGAAAGUCAUCACGUCUAUCAGCUUCAACCUGGUGCUCUAUUUCAUGACUAAUCUACGCCGCACUGUGGACGGUUUCUUCAUCUUCCUUCUUUUCUCUUUCAUGUGCACCUUGGCGAUGUCCAUGAUUUUCCGUACCAUCGGCGCCCUUUCCCGGACAAUCUCACAGGCUAUGGCACCCGCUAGUCUGCUCAUGCUUUCAUUGGUGAUCUAUACAGGUUUUACAAUUCCUACAAGUGGCAUGAAAGCCUGGUUCCGGUGGAUAAACUACCUUGAUCCCAUUGGCUACGCUUUCGAAAGCUUAAUGGUCAAUGAGUUUGCCGGACAAGAGUACCCCUGUUCGGUCUACUUGCCCACAGGACCGGACUAUACAAACGUCAGUGCCUAUGAACACGUUUGCGCUACGACAGGAGCGAGGGCUGGCUCAGACGUCGUUUAUGGAUCCAAUUAUCUCAGUGAUUCUUUCAAGUACAGUCGGGCCCAUCUUUGGAGGAACCUCGGCAUUGUCAUUGGCUUCAUAUGUUUCUUCUUUGCCACCUACAUCACAGCCACCGAAUGUGUUACUGCGGCAAAGUCUAAGGGUGAAGUCCUCGUUUUUCGACGAGGACACCUUCCCCACAAGAUGAAAGAAGUUGAUGACGAGGAAUCCACCAGUGACCCGCACCUCGAGGCCAAGCUCUCCCUUCACCGUACGGUGACGUUUCAAGAUCGAGCUGUUUCCGCCAUCCAGAAACAGACUGCUGUCUUCCAUUGGGAAGACGUCUGUUAUGAUAUUAGCAUUAAAGGCGAACCCAGAAGACUGCUUAACAAUGCAAAUGGCUGGGUAGAACCAGGCACACUCACUGCGCUGGUGGGCGCUUCUGGUGCGGGUAAAACAACGCUUCUUGAUGUCCUAGCAAGUCGCAUCACUAUGGGUGUAGUUUCUGGUUCCAUGUUGGUUGAUGGACAUCACCGGGACAGCUCGUUCCAGCGGAAGACGGGAUACGUUCAGCAGCAAGACUUGCAUCUUGAAACGUCGACUGUCCGUGAGGCUCUGGUUUUUAGUGCCAUGCUGAGACAGCUGCAACAUAUUUCGAAAGCCGACAAGGUCGCUUAUGUUGAGGAGGUCAUCCGCUUACUCGAAAUGGAACUAUACGCCGAUGCUGUUGUCGGUGUUCCCGGAGAAGGUCUCAAUGUGGAACAGCGCAAGCGUCUCACCAUUGGUGUAGAACUAGCUGCGAAACCCGAACUUCUACUUUUCCUUGACGAACCUACGUCAGGUCUUGACAGUCAAACUGCCUGGUCGAUCUGUACCUUGCUUCGAAAGCUAGCGAAGAACGGGCAAGCUAUCCUCUGCACUAUCCAUCAACCUUCGGCUCUUCUCUUCCAAGAAUUCGAUAGACUUCUGUUCCUUGCAGAAGGUGGACAAACUGUCUACUUUGGCGAUAUCGGCAAGAAUUCAGACACUCUCAUUCAUUAUUUUGAGCGAAACGGUGCACCCCCUUGUCCUCCAGAUGCUAAUCCAGCUGAGUGGAUCCUCGAUGUCAUCGGUGCUGCCCCCGGUGCCGUUGCAGUCAAAGAUUUUGUCAAGGUUUGGAACGAAAGUCCAGAGCUGAUUGCUAUUAAGACAGAAUUGGCAAGGAAACGCGAAAACGUCAAGCCGAUCUAUUCCAAUGUCGCUGUAGACAACAACUCGCUUAGACCAUUCGCUACACCAUCCUGGUACCAAUACAUUAUCUGCACACAUCGGGUGUUCCAACAGUACUGGCGAACCCCCUCAUACAUAUACUCCAAACUCAUACUUGGAAUGUUGACUGCGUUAUUCAUCGGUUUCUCAUUCUACAAAGCUGACAACACUCUGCAAGGACUGCAGAAUCAAAUGUUCUCCAUCUUCAUGUUGAUGAUCAUCUUCGGAAACGUGGUCAAUCAAACCAUGCCUCAUUUUGUUACUCAACGAUCUUUGUACGAAGUGCGGGAACGGCCUGCCAAGGUUUACUCAUGGCAAGCUUUUAUGCUGGCAAAUAUUACUGCCGAGCUUCCCUGGAACACGCUCAUGGGCGCUCUUAUCUUCUUCUGCUACUACUAUCCGGUCGGGAUGCAGCGAAAUGCUCACGAGACAAACACGGUCACCGAACGUGGUGCCUUGUUCUUUCUCUUUGUUUGGUCAUUUCUCAUGUUCACUUCUACAUUCACGGAUAUGGUCAUUGCCGGUAUUGAAGUGGCCGAAACUGGUGGUAACAUUGCCAUAAUGCUUUUCUCCCUCACACUUUUAUUCUGCAGUGUCCUCGCCGGACCAAACGACUUCUCUCACUUCUGGAUCUUCAUGUAUCGCGUAUCGCCUUUCACCUAUCUAGUGGAUGGUAUGAUGUCAACUGGCUUGGCGAACGCCGCGGCUACAUGCUCCACCGUCGAAAUUUCGGUCUUCAAUCCUGCCAAUGGCACGACCUGUGGCGAAUAUAUGAAGUCGUACAUUGCACUAGCGGGCGGGACGGUACUGAACCCAGACGCGACGUCAGACUGUCGCUUCUGUUCCAUAACAUCGACAAACGUCUUUUUAACCAAGGUGAAUUCGGCGUAUUCCCACCGAUGGCGGAACCUUGGCAUAUACUGGGUGUAUAUCCUCUUUAACAUUAUCGGUGCUCUUUUCCUCUAUUGGCUUGCACGCGUGCCAAAGGGCGCAAAGGCCAGAAACAUUUGAUUCUAGUCCGUCAUUUCGUGAAGCUCUUUUACGAUAUUUUUAUUUCCAGGACUCUAGAGCCAUAUGUUACGAAUAAAUCCUCGUCGAUUGUAACUGUUGGAGAAUAGCUUAAACUUUCUAAAUGACCACUCUGAUCUUGCGAAUUUUGUCACAACA